UGCUGCUGCUGCUCAGUGCCGACGAUGCUCAGUUCUUCUCGUUCAUUCAUCAUAUAAACUCGACGCGCCGCUCGAUGCCGAGCGCGAGAGAGAGAGGCCAUAAAUUCUUACGAGAGGAAAGUGCAUGCAGUAUAUACUAAAAGAGUGUGAUAUAAAGUGUGCUCGAGAGGUAGUAGUAGUAGUAGCAGCGGAUAAUGAUGAAAAUAAUUGAUGUAAAUGUGGCGUGCAAUUGAUAGUUCAAAAAAAUGAGAGAGAGAAAAACGGAGUCGUUCACUGCGACAAAAUGAUUAUGUGAUUAUGUGAUAUUUCGUGCGUAUAAAACACCCCCCAAGUGUGAGUGUGCAUGUGCGCGCGAGUGCAUCCGUUAUAUCAUCGCUACCAAUUAUAUAUUAAUAUAUCGAUCGAUAUAAACUUGCGCGUUUCGUAAAUUAUAUACACGCGCGAAAUAUGCUCAACAUGGCAUUACCCAGCGGCGGUGAUCAAUUGACCGCACAACAGCAGCAACAGCAACAGCCAACCUCUGGCGGUGCGACGACGACUACGACGACACUGGUGCUUCAGCGCAGAAGCGGCUUCAAGAGCAACUUCAGCAUACGCGACCUCGUCCCCGAGGCCUGCGCCAAUACCAAUGCCUCGACCGCCGAUAACGCCGCCGCGGCUGUAACCGCCAGCGUCGACGAUCACCACCACCACCAUAACAACAACAACAGCAUCAGCAACAGCAACAAUAAUCAUAACGACGGUAAUAACGGGGUCGAUAGGUCGUUACACAAUCAUCAUCAUCAUCAUCAUCGACGUCAACGACGUAGAUCGCGCAUGAGCGGCUGCUCGUCGUCGCCCGAGCUCGAGAGCCCUGACGACGACGGCGAGUCGUCGAGCCUGGAUCUCGACAUAACCGGCGGCUGCAAUUCGCCGGUGGCCACACCGCCGCCGCUCGACUGCAGCUCCAAGGCCAACAAGAUGAUCGUCGUCGACGACGUGGACGUCGACGUGGACGUGGACGACGACGAGGACGAGGACGACGAGGACAGUCGCAACAAUCACGAUUUCGGCAAAGUCGCGAAGAAGAAGCAGCAGCUGAUCGACGCUGGUGGAAGCUCCUCGAUAACUGCGACAACGGCCACCUCGACGACCUCCACGUCCACGUCGACCUCGUCGUCGCCGUCGCAGCAGAAACCACCCUACAGCUACAACGCCCUCAUCAUGAUGGCCAUACGCCACAGUCCGGAGAAGCGGCUGACCCUCAACGGCAUCUACGAGUUCAUAAUGCGCAACUUCCCGUACUACGAGAACAACAAGCAGGGCUGGCAGAACUCCAUCAGGCACAAUUUGAGCCUGAACAAGUGCUUCGUGAAGGUGCCGCGACACUACGACGAUCCGGGCAAGGGCAAUUACUGGAUGCUGGAUCCGAGCAGCGAGGACGUAUUCAUCGGCGGCACCACGGGCAAACUGAGGCGGCGCACCCCGGCCGCAUCGAGAUCGCGACUGGCCGCCUUCAAGCGCACGGCUCUGCUGGGAAAUCUGUACGGCUCGCAGUAUCAUCAUCCGCACCAUCAUCCGCAUCAUCCUCAUCAUCCGCAUCAUCAUCCUCAUCAUCCGCACCAUCCGCAUCAUCAUCACGGAGCACCGGUACCGGCGACGGCCGCGGCUGCCGCGGCCGCGGUGGCGAUGCAUCAGGCCGCCGUGGCUGCGGCCGCUGCUGCUGCGGCGGCUACGGUGCCGGUGGUACCGGCCUGGCACAGCUUCAAUCUGCAGUACCUUCAGCAGCAGCAAUCGAGGCCCGGCGCUGCUGGUGGAAAUUCGCCGUUCGCGUGUCCCACCACCGCGGCGAGUUCGCUACCGUUCAAGCCGCAAGCUCAGCUGGCACCACCACCGCCACCGACAGCUCCUUCGACGGCAGCAGCAGCAACCCCGACGAGUUCGGCUUUUUCCGUCGAGAGACUGUUGCAGAGUACCACGACGACGGGUACUACAUUGAGUAAUCAUCGGCAUCAAGCGUCGUUUCCACCCAGCGUCAAUUCUUCGGCCUUCGCCGCCGAGGAUUAUUACGCGACGCUGAGGAAUCUGGCCUUUCAUCAGCAGCAGACCUUUAUGCACCAUCAUCAUCAGCAGCAACAACAACAUCAAAUGAUUCAACAACAGCAGCGAAACAGUAGCAAACAGACGCCAACGCCAACGACGACGACGACGGCGUCGACGUCAAGAACCGAGAGCUGCAGCAGUCCUGAGUCACAGUCGCCCAAGUCGAGUCCGGCCGAGCAGCAGCAUCAGCAACAGACACAAAUUGACGACAAAUCCUCGUCAUUCCUCGUUAAACCUUUUGCCGCGCUGGCGACUCAUCAGAGCUAACUACAUAUGUCGUGUGCCAGCAAUUAUCUCUCGUCGUCGUCGUCGUCGUCUUUCUCUCUCUUUCUCUCUUUCUCGUGCUGCGUCGCGGUGGUGCGAGUCAGCGGCAAAAAGUAAGAAAAUAAAAUGACAAAGACAAUGAGACGUUGAGAGAGAGAAAGAGGAAGAGAGGAAGAGAGUUUGUUGUCUCAACUAUACGAUACAUACACAUACGCACUCGCAAUAAACAAUCGAUAAUCGUGCGUAAUAAUUUUCAUCGUAUCAAAAAAUAUUAACUCGUACGAUUUACACACACUUCUUUCUCCGAAAAAAUUAUUGUAAAUAACUAUACAUUUCGAU